UUUGUCUUUACCGCCAAUUAUUAAUGGUGCACACUCAGCAAUCACUUUGAAGACAAAAAAUGUCUUCAUUGAGUGCACAGCAACCGAUCUAACAAAGGCUAAAAUUGUUUUAAAUACAAUGGUGACCACUUUUUCGACCUACUGUAAAAGGAAAUUUGAGGUGGAACCGGUUGAAGUCAUAUCAUUUGAUGGAAACUCAAGUGUUUAUCCAGAUUUAUCAGAAUAUAAUAUGGAAGUUCCACUAUCAUAUAUUACUGGUUACAUUGGAGUUCCUCUGGAAGCAGAUGAGGUCACUAAUCUAUUAAAACGAAUGCAAUUGAAUGCUGAAAGAGCUGGAUCAGGUACCUCCUAUAUCAGUGUGUCUGUACCUCCAACCAGAAGUGACAUUCUUCACCCAUGUUAUGUUAUGGAGGUAAUGAUCGAAGGAAUAGUAUUUCACGGAUGCAUUUUUGAGGUGUUAAAUCGGAAGGAAGACAAAUCCACUGCGGUGAUCAUUGGAAAUCCCGGCUCUUCUGAUUUUGAGGUGGUUCAUACAAGUCUUAUGCCUGGCAUGCUAAAGACCGUUGGACAUAACAAAGACCAUCCAAAGCCCAUAAAGAUACAUUCCUGA